ACGCUAACAUUAAAGAGGUCCUCCAAGUCGAGUAAUGAUGUAUCGGGGCGUAUCACUCCUGGCCGGAGUAGAGAACGGAAGACCAGGCUGAAAGCUAGUUUAACAGUUUUGUAUAAAGCUUGACAGGCUGGGGUAUGAUCCUAGGCCUAAGCCCUAUAAAAUCCGUCACGUGAAUAUCUAUAGAAAAUUUAUUUUUGUAAUUUUUGGCAAAUACACCCGAAGAAUGCUAUAUUUCUGUGCGCAGUAGUUAAAGCAAGAGCGGUAUUUAUGCUGAGCAUCGGCGCCCUCUAGAGGAUACGGAUGGUUGGACAGACGCACCACACAGAAAGAGCAACUGUAAAGAAGCCAAGAAAACGUUCCUAUCACUGCCAACACAAGUGGACGUACAAAGACUACCCUGAGUGUCCAACUUGGCAUCGGCUAGCUCUGAGGCUGGCCAGCAUGGCACUAGUGUUCUUGAUCGCCACGGUAAUAGGACUGAUCAUCCACAUAAGUCAUCUGAAUACAUGUUCUUUAAGCGAUAAGCGUAAUGUGGGGAUGCUUGGUAAUAAUGAAACCAGAUGUUGUGACUGUGUGGAUAUUUCUUCUGAGAAACAACAGGACAGAGUAAACUCCACAGGAAAAUCAUGCCCUGAUGACUGGUUGCAGAAACAAGGGAAAUGCUACAAAUUUUACAUGAACUUUAAGUCAUGGAUUGACAGUGAAAUAUCCUGUGCAGUAAAGAAAUCACACCUCUUGGUGAUCCAAGACAAGGCCGAAUUGGAUUUCAUCCAGAGUAAAAUACAUGAUGGAGUGUACUUUUGGAUUGGAUUGAACAUUACAGAACCACAGAAAACGUGGACCUGGCUUGAUGGCAUACCAUUACACCCACAAUUAUUUCAAGUCACAGGUCGAGUCGGAGGAGAUGCCUGUGCCCUAAUAACAAGGAAGGGUAUUUUCUCUGAAAAGUGCUACAUUCACAACUACUGGAUUUGUCAAGAUUCAUCUACAGAGGACAACGUUUGAAUGGUCAGCGGUAUUUCUCUUACUAGGAAAGAAUCAGCUACUAUGGAGAUUUGCAUUUUUUUUAUCUUCCAGACAAGGUCUUACUAUGUAGUCCUUGCUGUUCAGGAACUCAUGUAGAUGAGGCUGUCCUUAAAUUCACAGAGAUCCUCUAGCCUCUGUCUCUAGAGUGUGCUGUGAUUCCAAGAACAUGUAAACACCAGCCAGUCUCACUGAGCUUAGCCCUUUGGCCACCCCUGUCACCAGCACAGUACCUCAUGUAUUCCAGACAGCGGUUACUUAACAGAAAGCUCCAAUCCUCAGAACCUCCACUCACCUCUUGUAAAAGAUCUCCUUUUACUACAAGAAUAAAUGGAGACACCGGUACAUGACUCCCGAGCUUCCUCCUGCUGCACAGCUGGAUGCUUGUUAUUUCUUCCUGUGCUUACCUCGAAUAAAACCAUCUCCUGCCUGACUA